UUCGCACCACAAAUUAACGUGGAAAGCAGAGCUGCGGACACACACCGUGAACCUGCUUCAGCUCCUCCACCAAAUUAAUUUUUGUAGAAUGCUAACUUCAUAACCAUAGCGAUGAAACUGUGUUCAGAAGUAAACUAACGAAGACAUGCGUGACCUCAACAUCAUGUUGUGGCGUACGCCGUUUUCCGGUAGUAUGCGUACGGUUUCAGCAGCAGAGCUCAAUUCCAUGAUAGAUGCUUACGUACGCAACAACAACGUACGCCAAGCACGCAAACUGUUUGACGAAAAUCCCUCAACCCGCUCCCUUGUUUCCUGGAACAUGAUGAUGAUGGCCUACGUUCAACAACAUCAAAUUCGACAUGCCCAUGACCUAUUCGACCAAAUUCCCCAAAGAGAUGCCGUUUCGUGGAACAUCAUGCUCGCUGGUUUUCAGAGAACCAUGGACACUCACAGGUCUUUCCAGUGUUUCUUGCAAAUGGGAAGAGACGGUAUUGGGCCGAAUGACUACACACUAUCCAUAUUGCUCAGAUCAGUUAUGGGUACUCAUUUUGAUGUUUUGGUGCAGCAGCUUCAUGCUCUUGCACUGCAUUUGGGACUCAACUUGAAUGUGUUUGUUGGGUCUGCUUUGAUCAAAGCUUAUGGGAGUUUAAGGUUGAAGGUGGCUUUGGGUCGUGUGUUUGAUGAUAUAUUGAUAAAGGAUGUAACAUCUUGGAAUGCUUUGGUUUCCGGUUACAUGGAAAUAGGAAGUAUGGUCGAUGCUCAAAAAGCAUUCGACCUCAUGCCUGAAAGAAACAUCAUUUCUUGGACUACUUUGGUCAAUGGUUAUAUCAAGAACAAGAGACUUAACAAAGCAAGGUCUGUAUUUAACAGGAUGGGGGAGAGAAAUGUGGUUUCUUGGACGGUAAUGAUUAGUGGGUAUGUGCAAAACAAGAGAUUUAUGGAUGCAUUGAAGCUUUUUCUUUUGAUGUUUAAGUCAGGGGCUCGUCCCAAUCAUUUUACGUUUUCAAGCGUGUUGGAUGCAUGUGCUGGUUGUCCUUCUCUUCUGAUGGGCAUGCAAGUCCACCUUUGUCUAAUCAAGUCUGGCAUAACAGACGAUGUAAUCUCAUUGACAUCCCUUGUUGAUAUGUAUGCAAAAUGUGGGAAUAUGGUUGCAGCAUUUAGUGUGUUUGAGUCCAUUCGAAACAAGAAUUUGGUGUCGUGGAACUCGAUAAUUGGUGGUUAUGCCAUGCAUGGUCUUGCAACUCAAGCACUGGAGCAGUUUGAUAGAAUGGAAAGAGUUGGUGUCACACCUGAUGAAGUUACAUUUGUGAAUGUGUUAUCAGCAUGUGUACAUGCAGGUCUUGUUGAAGAAGGUGAGAAGCACUUUGCCAACAUGGUGGCCAAGUAUAGGAUCCAAGCAGAGAUGGAGCACUAUAGUUGCAUGGUGGACCUGUAUGGAAGAGCAGGGCAAUUAGAUAAAGCAAAGAAAUUGAUCAGGACUAUGCCCUUUGAACCUGAUGUGGUGUUGUGGGGUGCAUUACUUUCAGCUUGUGGCCUGCAUUCAAAUAUAGAACUUGGGGAGUAUGUUGCGGAAAGAAUCCGCAAACUAGAGAGCAAUCAUCCUGUUUCCUACUCAAUGCUUUCAAAGAUCCAAGGUGAGAAAGGGACAUGGAGCAUGGUAAAUGAAUUAAGGGACAUGAUGAAGGAGAAACAAAUAAAAAAGCAGAAGGCAUUUAGCUGGGUUGAGUGAUCUCUUGAUGUACAUUCAGCUAAAUUAUGAGCAAUUUAUGGGGGAAGUUGUUGCCAAGAAAAGAGAUGUCCCACUCCUUUUUUUGAGAGCCUUUGUUAUGGUCAUCCUCAAACCACUCCCCAUGGAACAAGAAUUUAUUUCCUUGCUUGGCUUCUGAAUAAAUCAAAUGCUUGUGUUGGGGGGUUUUCAACUGCUGCUGAAACGAAUGCCUAGCAAAUGAUUCGGGUUUGGGUAAUUGCUUUGUCUUCAUACGCCGUCAAUGUUUUAUGUGGGGUUGGAGAGGGGAAGUGUCAUAUGCACAGUUGUAUAAAACGAGUUCCCUAUGCCUCCCCAGUACAUUUCAUGUUUGCAGCCAAAGCUGUGUAGCUGGAUAAGAAGAUUUUGAUCUGCAAGAAGUGAUAACAGACACAAAAUUAUGGCGGGGACAAUGAAUUUUAUGAGUGAUCAUAAAAUAAAAUGUUUCGCUCUGCUCUUCCUUAUAAAAAGUAUGAAAGAUAUAUAACUAACUGAAAUUCAUUU